AUGGCACCCUUCUGUGCCAGCAAUAAUUAUGCUUUAGUGUUUUUAUGUGUUCUCUUGUCUCUGGCCAUGCACGUAGCUCAUGGGACUAAGGAUGCACCAGCAUUAUUCAUAUUUGGAGACUCAACUUUCGAUGUUGGAACCAACAAUUUUCUUAGGUCUAAAGCACAGGCCAACUUCCCCUACAACGGCAUUGAUUUUUAUCAUUCACUUCCCACAGGAAGGUUCAGUAAUGGCUUCAACACUGCUGAUCAAAUUGCGAGGCAACUCGGUUAUCAGCAGAGUCCACCACCUUUUUUGGCUUCGGAGAAAAAUCAGUACAGUUUCAAGAAUAACAUUCUGCACGGUGUAAAUUUUGCGUCAGGUGGAUCAGGAAUUCUCAGAGAAACAGGGUCCGCAGAAUGGGGAGAAGUGGUUUUCUUCGAAAAGCAGGUGGCACAAUUUGCAUCAGUUCGUGCAAGUAUCAGUGAGGUAUUGGGAGCAGCCAAAGCUGCUAAAAUUGUUUCGAAGGCUUUGUUUCUGAUCAGCGUUGGAAGCAACGACAUCUUCGAUUUUGCACGUAACGACAGUGGCUCCAUUCAUUUCGGCGCAAAAGAAUACUUAGCUCUUGUACAAGUCACAUAUUACUAUCAUUUAAAGAAACUAUAUGGGCUGGGGGCUAGAAAAUUUGGCAUCUUAAGCCUUGCACCUCUUGGUUGCUGUCCUGCUGUAAGCUCUGGCAAUGGAGGGAACUGUGUGAAAGCACUGAAUGAUUUUGCAGUUGCGUUCCAUUCAGCAACUUUAGGGCUUCUCCAAAAGUUGAGUUCAGAAUUGGAAGGGUUCCGCUACUCACUUGGUAACUCUUUUGCAAUGACCACCUCCUUGUUGAAGACUCCAUCCAACUUCGGGUUGAAAGAAACGAAGUCGGCAUGUUGCGGAAGUGGAUAUCUGAAUGGGGAAGGUGGAUGCAUAAAAGCCCAAAACGCUAGUCUUUGUGCAAAGCGUGAAGAUAAAAGGAAAGCAGAAACACGACACUUGGAAGGUACAAGACAUUUAGCAAUGUAUGAAAAUAUUAUCCCAGAAAACAAAACUGAUCUCUACAAGUAA